AUGGCAUAUUUAUUGAUUUUUGCAGUGAUAAUUGCUUUGUUUUUAGCUGGUUUGUUCUUGUUUAGAUAUGGAAAUAUACCUAGGCAACAUCCGAUUGUUACCUUUUCAAUACUGAUUGCGUGGUGUUUCUCAUUUUUGAUUGUAUUUACUUUGCCGCUGGAUGUCACAUCGACUGUGUACAGACAGUGUAUUCAAGAAAAAAUCAAUUCAAAUCAAUCUAUCCAGUUACCAAAUUCAACUGGAAUAUAUAAAACAGAAAAAAUUUGCCAAAAACCAUGGGGUAUGAUACCGGAACAUGUUUUUCCAAAUUUAUGGCGACUGAUUUAUUGGACAUCACAAUUUUUGACCUGGCUCAUAAUGCCUUUGAUGCAGUCAUAUUUAAAAGCUGGUGAUUUUACUAUAAAAGGAAAACUCAAAUCGUCAUUAAUUGAUAAUGCUAUAUAUUAUGGGUCAUAUCUUUUUAUUUGUGGAAUUUUAUUAAUUUACAUAGCUUUUAAAGGUGUUUCUUUAGACUGGCAAAAACUCAAAGCCAUAGCUUCUUCAGCGUCAAACACAUGGGGAUUGUUUUUAUUAGUUUUACUACUAGGUUAUGCCUUGGUGGAAGUUCCAAGAUCCCUUUGGAACAAUUCGAAGCCAGGUUACUCUUUACAAUAUGCGUAUUUUAAAGCGGCUAAAUUAAGUUCAGAUAAAGCAGAAGCUGAGGAAAAUGUUGACGAUAUUUUAGAAUCUCUUCAAGCCGCUAACAAGUCUGUACCGAAUAACCAUCAACUAAGGCCAUAUGUUGAAACUAUAUUACAAAAAGUUCCAACGGAGUUAAUGGAGAGGGCAAAUCGAAAUUAUGCACGUGGCGGCUCUGCCCUCAGUUCGACAAUAGUUCCAUCUGAGAAAGCAUUGAUUAGAAUUCAUAAGCAAGUAAUUAAAUCUUUACAAACACUUCAACGAACUGAAGCAUUAUGGAGUGUGCAAGUUGAAAAAAUAUUUCAUUUAGAGGAUGUAGCACAUAACAUGCAUUCAUCAGAUCAUCGAUUUAAAACGGAGUUUCCAAAAGCGAGAUCACAUUUUUCUGAUUUGUUUUAUAGUCCGGUGUUAGAUUGGUAUUGGGAAUGCUUGCUGAAAUCUCCAUUUUUAAAAGGUAUGGCGGUUUUAACUGCAACCUUAUCAUCAAUGGUUGUAUGGAGCGAACUUACAUUUUUUAAUCGAAAACCUGUACUGUCGAUAUUUGCUGCAAUAUUAAACGUUGCAAAAGACAAUUAUGAUUUUUUAACAAUUGAAAUUUUUUCUACAGUCACAUUAUGCUAUUUAUGUUAUUGCGCAUAUUCAACAGUAUUUCGAAUAAAGUUCUUAAACCUAUAUUAUUUAGCUCCACAUCAUCAGACAAAUGAGCAUAGCCUGAUUUUCAGUGGAAUGCUUCUGUGUCGGUUAACGCCUCCUAUGUGUCUUAAUUUUUUAGGAUUAAUACAUAUGGACUCUCAUAUAAUAAAAACUCGUAUUAUGGAAACAUACUACACACAAAUAAUGGGCCAUAUGGAUGUAGUGGCUAUAAUUUCAGAUGGGUUUAAUAUAUACUUUCCUAUGUUAAUGUUAGCGUUUUGUCUUGCCACCUGGUUCAGUCUUGGCAGUCGCGCUUUAAAUGCUUUGGGUUUUCAACAAUUCAUGCAAAAUGAAAUAAUAGUAACAGAAUUGGUUCAAGAAGGUAGAGAUUUGAUUUUAAGAGAAAAAAGACGGCGACAAAGAGCUGAAGAAGCUUUAGCACGGAAAAGAAAUGACGUAAGUAGAGAAAUACUUACAAAUCGUCAAUUUAGAAAUCAAACACCUUCGGAUGGCUUGUUGCGAGACGCAGAUAGCCUACGUUACACAACAUCUUCAGGUAAUAAUGAAUUCGAUAUUACAAAAAGCUUGUCUCAAGAAAUUAAUGAACGAUUUGGGGUAAGCACACAAGUUCAAGUUGUUUUCAAAGAUCCUGCGAAUUUUUUGGAAGAUGACGAUACCGAGGAAGCAAAUGGUGAUAGACGACUUGGACCUCCUCCUAGAGGAAUAUUUGAUGACGUUUAGAAAACUUUAGAAAAAGAUAAUGUUUAUUUUACAGACAUGUCUACUUAGAGUUAUUUAGUAUUUGAUCCCAAGUUUUGCUAAUGCAUAUGUAUAUCAUGUUCCCAAUAUAUCGUACUCUUCAUUACAGCAGAUUGUAAAUAUUGAAAACACUAAACUAAUAAUUUUAAAUAACUAAAAAAUAAUUUGUUUUAAGAAAGUAAAAAAGUGAUUCUAGAUUAAAUAUAACUUAAUUAACAUAGUUUAUUUUUUUAUUAUUUGGCUG